GACUGCCGGUUGGAACGGCACUCCACCCGCCCCCCUCCCCCGGCGCGGAGGGCGAUGAGGCCGGCGCCAAAGUGAGCGCGGCGUGGAGGGGCCUGCCUAACUGGGGCCCGUGGCCCUGCGUCUUCUGGCUGCGACGCGGGUCCUGCGCACGCUGCGGGGCCGCAGCCGCCGGGCGGCGGGCGCCCGAGGGGCCGGGAGGCGAGCUGGGGCCCCCAGGCGGGUGUGGGCAUCGUGUCCACAGCCAGCAUCCCCGAGGCCGCGCUCGGGCCAUGAUGACUCGGUGAAGCUGCGCUGCGACAGCGCGGCGGACUUCUUACCGCGCUGUGAGGACCUGUGCGCGCUGCAGGUGCCUCUGCCCGCCUUGCGCGCUUUCCUGCGGGAGGGCCUGCUGGACUUAACGCCGACCGCCUCCGCGGGGUGGAAUGGGCGCCGCUCCUGAGCACUCUCUGCCCCUGAUCUGUAUCCUGAGCUUCUUCCAGUCACGGCUUGGCGAGACAGGUUGUGACAGAAAUAAAGUUUACAGAAGUCGUGUUCCUGCGAUAAGAAAUAAAGAUGUGACCUUGCAGUUGUGUAAAGCUCUUAAAUGCUGUGUAAGUGUGUCCGGCGCGCUAAGGAACCUGGAGCUAAAUGGGCUAGUUCUUAGAGAGAGCGACUUAACUAUGUUAACAAAGGGAUUGAAUAAAUUGGCCACUUUGGUGCACCUGUGUCUUGCGAAUUGUCCACUUGGAGAUGGAGGUUUAGAAAUUAUUUGUCAAGGUGUAAAGAACUCUACCACUCUUAAGACAGUAAACUUCUCGGGGUGUAAUCUGACAUGGCAGGGAGCAGAUCACAUGGCCAAGAUCUUAAAGUGUCAGACUACCGGAAGGCAUGAAGAAACCUGGGCUGAGAGUCUUCGUUCCAGGAGACCUGAUCUUGACUGUAUGGCUGGCUUGAGGCGCACCACUCUGAACGGCCACACGCUCAUCGGUGACCUGGGUGCAAGUGCUUUGGCAGAAUCUCUUAGUGAGGAUUUGUGGCUUGGAGGCUCUGCUGCUAAGCCCCAUCCUGUGAGCACAUGCUUCAGUAGUUGGAUUUCAGGGAGUGUACAGGAGUUCACAUCUAUUCCUCGGACACAACAUCAUCUUGGUUGCUCCUUGUCUCAAACGGCUGGCUUGCUGGGAUGCCAACUCUGCUUUUCAGCGUGUGUGGUGAAGUGUGCUGAGCCGUGGGCAGUGUCUUGCUGACUCCAGACCCCCGACUGUGUCUGCAGCCCUUCCUGUCUGUCCCUGCACUACCACAGAGCCUCCUGAAGAAGCCUUUCCCUGCCCUUAGCUGGACGGGCUGGGCCCUCAGGCCAGGCGCCUGAUGUUGAAGCGAGAUGGUCCCCAGACACCCGCCUUCCAGCCUUCCUCCACCUGUGGUCUCAGGGCCAGCUACAGUGGAAUCCCGCCACCCCGGACCUGCAGCCUCAGGAUCUGGGAUCCAGGAAUGUGCAGUUUAUACGGUGUCUCAGGAGACCCAGAAGGCUGGCUGAGGGGAUGAUGGAGGAGCUCGACCAAAUGUGGCUGCGGAUGAGUGCUGCCACUGACCUCCCAGCCUGGGCGGGGUGGGGCGGGUGUGGCUGCCCGUGGGAGACCCUCUCCUUGUCUCUAAGGACCCGCUUUCUUUCCUCCUUCAGCGUCAGGACACGGAGUAUGGCAGGGAGACCCUCUCCUUGUCUCUAAGGACCCGCUUUCUUUCCUCCUUCAGCGUCAGGACACGGAGUAUGGCAGGGAGACCCUCUCCUUGUCUCUAAGGACCCGCUUUCUUUCCUCCUUCAGCGUCAGGACACGGAGUAUGGCAGGGAGACCCUCUCCUUGUCUCUAAGGACCCGCUUUCUUUCCUCCUUCAGCGUCAGGACACGGAGUAUGGCAGGGAGACCCUCUCCUUGUCUCUAAGGACCCGCUUUCUUUCCUCCUUCAGCGUUAGGACACGGAGUAUGGCAGGACUUGUGGGCUGGAUCCCUGGGCUCCGAAGUGCGGAUCCCUGAGAAGUUUCACCCUCUCUCAGCCCAAGAGCUCGUCAGAGCUUCUUCCUCAUGUUCACUGUCGCGUUUCCAGCAGGCUGCUGCUGGCCAUCAUGACAAGAAGCACUCUAGACAGACAGACCCUGUGGGUUUCCUUGUUCUGGGCUGGGCUUGACAGCCACGCGCCUGGGCUCACCUGCUCAGGAAGAGGCAACCGCACGGUGCUGUGCCCGGCAGGCCAACACACCGACACCUGGACCUGGGGACCGGGAGGCCUCCACAGACCACACCAGCCUGUUCUCCUGCCUUCUGUUUGCUCUUCCCAGCCUCCCAGCCCGGAGAUUUUCCCCUUAGAGAAAACUCCACAGAAGGAGGUUCCCUGGGCUAGCUUGGUCAGUUCUGCCCAUCAGAUAACCAUGGGUUUGAGUAACAGGAUGGGGUCGACCCAGCUGCAAUGUUCUUGCCUUUCAUGAUCCCCUAACCCGAGUCUUCCCAGCCUGCCUCCAUCAUGGAGGGGCUGCUCACUGGCUGGACUUUGUUACCAGCCUGGAGGAAGGUGAUCAGGGACUGGGACAGGCAGAGCAGACCCUUUCCAGCCACAUGUGAGCCCUGUGACCAGACACUUUCCUGGUCCCUAGGGUGGACUUCUUCAAGACUGAGUGGCACUGCUGUGUGAUUCAAGUUCAAAGGCAUCUUCCCUGGCCAGGUACAGACCCUGUUUGCACUUAUACACACACACACAUUCACACACAGACACACUCACAUAAACACACACACACACGCACACACAUACACAUGAACAUGGGCAGGUAACCAUGGCUGGUGUCCAUAUAGAUAUGUUCACUUCAUUCAUGCAUUCAUUCACUCCAUGAUUCAUGAAGCAGGCAAAUACCAACCUUCUACUUCGUGGCAGGUGCUUUAUGAGGCACCAAGAUAAAGUAGUGAAUAAGAUAGACACAGAAUCUUGCCUGGAAAAGUUUAGAAUCAGAGGGAAAGAGAAGCAUUAAAUUAGACAUUAAAAAAAGUGUGGGGUUAUGUUAGCUGUGGACACCAGCUAAAGCACGAGAAUAGAACCCUGAGGACCUUCUUCAGGGUCAGGUGCAACCCCCUGGGUUGUGAGAUCUUGGGGGCAUCUGAAAGAUCCUGUGUGAGGGGCUGGGUGACAGCAGCUGCUUACAACAGUGAAGAAGCAUUUCAAUAUUUUAACAACCUGAUACAACUGUACUUGCGAGUGCCAGCUGUAUACUGGCCCUGGAGAGAACAUCGAACAGGGGAGUAUGCAACCUGGAUCAGGUGUCAGGAGAUAUUUAAGCCGAGACCUGAGGAUGAAGUAAGAAAAAAGGAUUAGUGGGCAUUGCGGGUGCUGGAGAGGAUUCCAGAGAAAGUAAGAAAUGCUUGGACAUGCCAGGACCCGUAAGUGAGAAAGAGCCUGGCAUAAUUAAGGAAAUACAAUUUUUUCCACUAACUCUGGCACAUGGAGUAUGAAGGGAAAAUCACUGUGAUGGGCUUGGAGAUUAACAUGAUUAGGGGUCAUGUCAGCAACACUGAGAGGGCUGAGGGCUUAGUUUGUUGGAGAUUACAUUUCUACCACCCCAUGGCAUGGCAGAUUGAAGGAGAAAUUAAGUUCAACGUUAGAAAAAAAUUUUCAUUUCAUAUUCAUUCGAGAGUUUGACCCACCACGCAACCCUGCCAGCCGAGAAAGGCUCUGGGUGCAUGGAACACAUGCUCCUUCAUGUUUUUAGGUCUCUGCUUAAUGCCAGAUCCUUGGAGAGGUCUUUGCUGAUUCCUCCUUAUCAAACAGCCAUUCCUCCUUCGGGACCUGCUAGCAUCCUUUCCUCACUGCAUAUUUCUCACUGCAUAUUUCUCACCGCACUCAGCCUGGACUCUUGAUAUAUGUUUAUUUAGGUGUAAGCUCCAUGAGAGGGGGGUCAUUGUUUCCCCAGCAUCUAGAACAGUCAUGGCCUUGGGGCCAGUGCUCAAUGAUGUUUGUUGAAUGGAUCUUGAAUGGAUGAAGAAAGACCCCAUGAAAGGCGGAGAGAAGGGCCCGCACCCAGGGAUGGAGAUAGCCUUUAGGAAAUGCUGCUUCCUUAUACAGGAGCCAAGAGAUGGUGGGGGGGAGGGGAAGGGGACAGAGGGGUUGUAGGUUUUGUGUGGGUGCUUGAGGUUGUUCCUUCCUGCCAACUGUACUUUUCCUUUAGAAGAAGGAAGCAAGACCAUAGGCUGAGAUGGAAGGCAUGGCUGAGGGAAGGGUUGGUUUGGGGAAAGUGAAGACGUGUGUAGCCUAUGAACGAGUUGUUGAGAAAUAUCCGUAAGAUUGUCAAGCAGUGCUAGUGUCAGAGUCUAGUUGAGAGGGACUUAUGUAUUGGUACUAUUGUGACUGAUUACCUGGUUUCUCUCCAAAGGUGGCCAGCUGUCCAGGGGUGAGCAAAGAGCCGGCAGCCAGAUGAUUUUCCAGGGCUGAAGUUUUACAAGAGAGACGCAAAGUGAGAACACUGAGGCAAAGGAGUGUUGGAUUUUGGGGAAUGAGUGGUUGACGUGCUGGACCAGGGAAUGGAAGCUGGAUACAGAGGGAGGGGGAGGGAGAAUGUAGCAAGUAGGGGAAAAUCUGGGAGUCAGUGAGUAGCAGACUCAACAAGGACAAAGCGCUGGUUUAUUGGGAGUAGCUGAGUGAGAGAGCUGGAUGGCCACGGCAGUGUUGGAGGGCAGGGAAUAUGCGUCUGAAUGUCUGAUUCAGGCUGGAUGGCUGAGGUGAUGAUCGGGUCUGGGGUUUGGUCAAGGGAUUAGGUUGUUCAAGGUCGCUGGAGACGAGGAGUUCAAGCUGUGUGUUGGAAGGGUUGUCUGCAUAAAGCACUGAAGUCAUCUAGGGUGAUGGAGGAGCUUCAGGAGAGAGGAAGAUCAUGAGCAAAAGUCAAGGCUUUGACAGAUGAGAGGCAUAGUCAGGAGACUGCACAUGGCAGGGACAGCCUGGAAUCAGAUGGAAUCAGGUGGUCUUUCAUCUUGUCGGUGCAAGCUUUUUCCUCCCCCGACCCCCUGUGAAAGUGCUGUUGUUCUAAGUGCCAGAUAAAGAGUCAUUCAGUUUCUUCCUUGACAUAGAGCUGCCUCUGAAUUUUCUUUUCUGGGUUCCGUGCUUGGUUCUCUCCUCUUCAUCUAUAUUCAUUCCUGGGUGACCUCACCAAGUGCCAGGGUUUUAAACCCAAGCUCUGUGCUGCCAGCUCCUACCUGUGUCUCCAGACUCUCGAGCUUCAGUCUAUUCAAAAUCUUCGCUAGGAUGUUCACAUGGAUCUCAGACUUAAAGUGUCCAGAACCAGAGUCUGCAUCCCCAAACUCUGCUUCUUCUUUACUCCUUUUAGAGAGUAAAUGGCAAUUCCAUCUUUUCAAUUGUUUUGGCCCCCAAAUCUGGAAGUCAUCCUUGACGCCACUCUCGAACCCACAUCCAAUCUAUUAUCUAUUUUUGACGGUUUGAUGUUCAGCAGAGCCAGAAUCUGGCCACUGUCUGCUUCCACUGGAUCCAGCUUGCUCCACACACUCCAUCUUGUCUCAUCUACAUUAUUGCCUCCUAACUGGUACCCUUACUUCCUCUCUUGCCCUGCUCUGGUCUAUUCUCUACCCAGCAGCCGGAGUGACAAUUUUAAAACUUAAAAGUCAUGUCAGUCUUCUGCUAAAAAUUUUCCUUUGGCUUUCCAUCUUAGUUGAAGAAAAAGCCAAAAUUCUAACCAUAGUCUACAGACCCUAUGUGAUCUAGCUGUGGAUACCACUGACUUAUCUCCUACCUCUUCAGCCUCUGUCCUACACCAUCCCUUGCUCUCUGCUCUGGCCACACUGCCCUCCUUGCUCUUUAUCAAACACACCAGGCAAGUCCUUACCUCAGGACCUUUGCACUUGCUGUUCUCGCUGCCUGCGAUAUCUUUGUUCAGAUACUUGCAUAAUUCAGUAGCUCACUUCUUUCAGGUCACUGCCCAAUGUCAUCAUUUCAGAGAAGACUACUCUGACCUCCCCCCUCACCUGGACUUAUUGUUGUCCAUAGGACUGACCACUCCCUGAUUUAGCCACGAUAGGCUAAAUAACGUUAUGGUAACAGAUCCCAAGGUGAAGUGGCUUAUAACAUAAAGGGUUAUCCAGUGGUAUGCUGAAGCCAGCUUGUACUGGAUCAGAAGAGCCAAUUGUUAAAUUUUCAGGAAAUUUGUCAGUGUUAAGCACAGUCAUUAUUAAAAGUUAAAUUACAUAACCUUCCAAUUAACAAACAUUAAAAAUGAGGGCAGUACAUACUCAAAACACAUCAGAUCUCCAUUGUUUUACAACAUUUUACUAUUAUUAUUAAUGUAUAUGAAGUUUAUUAUUAUUACCCCAUAUUAUUAUGACCUCUGUGCUUGAGGUUAUCUAUGUCUUUUUUAUUUGUAUUGUGGAAAUACUAAUAUAUAAUAUGUGCUACUGUGCAUUUCUACCUAACUCCUCAUGCAGUGAUGACAUGUAGAGAUCAGCCAUAUUGGGAAUAUUUACAUACCCCUGAAAUCAGUAAAGCUACAAAUCAGG